AUGAUACUGGACCAGUUCCUGUGUAUCUGUCCAGUGGAAGUCCAGCAGUUUGUCCUUGACCGUGAGCCCAAAACUGCUGAUCAGGCAGCACAAAUUGCAGAUGCAUAUACUGCAAACCGGAUGCCAGUAUCCAGGAAGCCUAUUCCAAACCCAGGGUCCCAUAGCUGGAAAGGAGGAAAGCCAGGAGGAAGCCCCUCCUUCCCUUCUUACAAACCGGGGGGAUCUGCAGCUGCUCCUGCAAGUAGCCCAGGGGUAAGGCCGGGACAGGUGGAUGCACGCCGCUGUUUUAUAUGUAAUAAGGUGGGCCACCUUAGUCAUGUCUGCCCUGACAAAAGGAAACCUACACCACCUGGAAAACCCCCUGGCCCAUCUCCUUCUGUUUUGUUUGUUGCUGGGACAGAGGGGAGCCACAAGGACAAUCUGCAGCCGGUUACCGUGGGCACUCAGGUAACUGUGGGACUCAGAGACACAGGAGCAGAGGUGACUUUAGUGCGCCCAGAGCUAGUAAACUGUGAGGAUAUUAUUCCCGGGAAGACCAUGGCUGUCACAGGAUUUGGGGGAGUCCAUCCUGCAGUGCCCAUGGCACGGGUUUACCUGGAUUGGGGAGCAGGGAGGGGGUUGCGGGAGGUAGGGGUGUCAGAAACCAUCCCUACUAAUGUGUUACUGGGUACUGACUUGGGCAGGUUGGUGUCACAGUAUGUGCCCGCAGGGGACCCUCUGGAGCCAGCAGAGCCCUACGUGAAUCCUGCUCAUCUACAGGUAUCUGAUAAUGAUGUUGAUUGUGAUGGGGGCUGGGAGGGAAAUCAGGAUGUGUUUGCAUGCAAUUCUGUAUUAGAGCCAGCUGAAUCCCCAUGCAUAGACCUGGGGGGAGGGGAAGUGUAUGUCCCAUCUCUAUCUCGGGGGGAGAACAAUUUCACAGGGAGUGUAGGGGGAUUCCCAGUAGCAAGCCACUGUGAUGUGGGAGGGGGGAACCUCCCUUGUGUUGCAGCAGUAACCCGGCAGCAGUCUGUAAGGGCAAGCCAGUAUCAGACUGGGGGUACAGGGCUGGAGGGUCUGUCACUGAGUGGGGAGGAGGGCCCCUCUGAAGGAAGUCCCCUGCCUGUAGCGUUGCUGUGUCCUGACCCAGAGGACAGGGGGGUUCCAGCUUCUGGGGCCCUGCUCACACUCACACCAGAUCCCAGGUUUGAGGCAAGCGGUCGGGAAUUUGAGGCAGCCCUCCUGACCGAUGCCAGCCUCGAAAAGAUGAGAGGCCUUGCAGCCCAACCCCCUGCUGAGACUGAUAAAGAAAGAAUAUACUGGCAUGAAAAUAGGUUGUACAGGGAAUCCAUGCCUACAACUACACCAGAGAAGUGGGUAAGUGACAGGCAACUAGUGGUGCCUUUGCAAUUUAGGGAACAGCUUCUAAGAAUAGCUCAUGAAAUCCCCCUAGCUGGGCAUUUAGGGGUACAGAAAACCAAGGCCCGUUUAGUACAUAAUUUCUAUUGGCCUAACAUGGGUACAGACAUUGCCAAUUACUGUCGUUCGUGCCACACUUGUCAGCGAGUGGGGAAAAAUGGAGAUAUGGGAAGGGCCCCAUUAGUUCCGUUACCAGUUAUUGAUGAACCCUUCCAAAGGGUAGCUGUGGAUCUCAUAGGGCCCUUAGCUAUACCCAGCAGUUCAGGGAAACGGUUUAUUCUCACUGUGGUAGACUAUGCUACCCGGUACCCAGAAGCAGUAGCCCUAUCCUCCAUCCGGGCAGACAAGGUUGCUGAUGCCCUCUUAAGCAUAUUUUCAAGAGUGGGGUUUCCCAAAGAAAUGCUCACUGAUCAGGGGACUCAAUUCAUGUCUAACCUGAUGCAGUGCCUGUGUAAGAAAAUACAGGUGAACCACCUAAUUGCCAGCCCAUACCACCCCCAGACUAACGGCCUGUGUGAACGUUUUAAUGGCACCCUAAAGCAUAUGCUAAAGACCUUUGUAGAAUCCCAAGGGAAGGACUGGGAGCGUUAUCUCCCACACCUCCUAUUUGCCUACAGAGAGGUACCACAGGCAUCUACUGGCUUUUCCCCAUUUGAACUGUUAUAUGGGCGGAGGGUACGUGGCCCCUUAGAUCUGGUAAGGGAGGCAUGGGAAGGCAAGCUAGAUACUCCUGAGGUGUCAGUAGUUGAAUAUGUAAUAAGAUUCCGGGAAAAGAUGGAGGCAUUGACGGGAUUGGCACAUAACAAUGUAACCCAGGCACAGGCCUACCAGAAACAAUGGUAUGAUCGCCAUGCCAGAGAAAGGGUUUAUGAAGCAGGACAGAAGGUGUGGGUCCUGGUGCCAAUGCGUCAGAAUAAGCUACAGGCUGCCUGGGAAGGCCCAUACACUAUUCUGGAACGGGCUAAUGAUGUGAAUUACGUAAUUGCCCUAGAUGAAGAUGGGAAAAGAAAAAAGGUCUAUCAUGUAAACAUGAUCAAGGCCAAUUAUGAGCGGGAGGUCUCUGUAAUGCCAGUUUGUGGUAUGGCUGAGGAAUCAGGUUCUGAUCCUUUACUAGAUUUAGUUGCGAUGGCCCAGGGAACAGAGGGCAUAGGAGGGUCACAGGUCAGCAGCAUGCUCACCGUUAACCAAAGAACUCAGGUGAUGGGGUUACUUAACUCUUAUGUUAGUACGUUCUCCGGAAAGCCUGGCAGAACCUCACUAGCCAUACACCAUGUAGACACCGGGGAUAAUCGCCCUAUCAGGCAGAUGGCCUACCGGGUAUCCCUGGAAGUAAAGGCGAACCUGCAGCGGGAAAUAGAGGAGAUGAUAGGGCUUGGUGUAAUUGUGCCAUCCCACAGCCCAUGGGCUUCCCCUGUAGUUCUAGUUCCAAAGAAGGAUGGUACUACUAGGUUUUGUGUGGACUACAGGAAACUGUUACCCAGGGAAGUGGCCUAUGCCACUGUAGAGAAGGAAUGUUUAGCUGUAGUUUGGGCCUUGCAGAAAUUACAACCCUAUCUCUAUGGGCGCAAUUUCACGGUUAUCACAGACCACAAUCCACUAAGCUGGUUAAACAAAGUAGCUGGGGAUAAUGGGAAACUCCUCAGAUGGAGUUUAAUCCUUCAGCAAUAUGACUUCACUAUACAGCACAAAAAGGGCAGUGAGCAUGGGAAUGCAGAUGGUCUUUCCAGACAGGGAGACUGUGCUGAGCUAGUGGGCACAGGGGAAGGCCGAUAGGCCAUCCUCUGUACCCAUUCCUGAGGGGGGAGGUGUCAUGCCAGGGCCACCUUGCACUGGCAUUUUAAAAGUUAAUACUUUAAUUACUCAGUC